AUGACGUCAGUAGUAGUCUGCACAUCCAUACAAGAAUUAGAAGAAAAUCUACAAGAAUUACUAACAGAAUUCUGGGUGCAAGAAGAAGUAUCCAACGGAGACGAACACCAAUACACACCAGACGAGCAGUGGUGUGAAGACCAUUUUAAACGAACUCAUACACGACACUGGACAGGAAGAUACAUAGUACGAAUUUCACUAAGGGAACCUAUUGAACUUCUUGAAAACUCUUAUAACCCUGCUCACCAAUGCUUACAAAGUCUAUUAAGACAACUUUCAAGGAACGAAGACUAUCGUCAUCAAUAUAUACAAUUCAUGACAGAAUAUGAUAAUCUAAACCACAUGAAAAAGGCACCUACAGGUACCCAGUCAAAAAUAAAAUACUAUUUACCUCAUCAUGGCGCACUCAAACCAGACAGCUCCACCACUAAAUUGCGAGUUGUCUUCAACAGCUCCAGCCCGUCAACCUCAGGAAAAUCACUCAAUGAUCUCAUGCACACUGGAGCCAAUCUAAACAAGGAAAUCUCAGACGUCCUACUCUGGAUACGCCAACACAGAUGCCUGUUUGCCACAGAUAUCACAAAAAUGUAUAGACAAAUAUUAGUACAUAAAGAUGACUGGGACCUACAACGAAUCCUAUGGAUCGACGAUCAAAGCAGGGAAGUGCCAUAUCAGUUGACAACAGUCAUCUAUGGCACACGAGCCGCCCCAUUCCUAGCAGUGUUCUCACUGCUACAACUGGUAGAAGACGAGGGUGAAAAGUACCCAUUAGCACUACCAGCAAUACUUCACGGUAGAUAUGUUGACGACAUUUUUGGAGGUGCAGAUACACCACAAGAAUUACAAGAAACCGCAUUACAACUUCAAUAUCUCUGUAUGGCGGGCGGCUUCCCACUAGCAAAAUGGCAUUCAUCUCACAGAGACAUUCUCACAGCUAUCAAUGCUGACAAAACACAAGACUCAGUAAUAGAAUUUGACGAUUGCAAAACCAAAAUUCUCGGAUUACAAUGGAGUCCUCAAGAGGACAAAUUCACUUUCUUAACAAUGGUCUCAGCUGACAUGGACUGUUUCACAAAACGAAAAAUCCUAUCGGACAUUGCAAAGAUCUUUGACCCAUUAGGCUUUGUAUCACCAGUAGUGAUCAAGGCGAAACUACUACUACAAGAAUUAUGGCUACAUACAAUAAGAUGGGACGAUCCGCUUCGCACUCAAAUCUCACUAAGAUGGCGUACCAUAAAAAAGGAUCUUUCAGAACUCAACAAAAUCACCAUACCAUGA